CUUAUUUGAACGCACCAAAUGGUGCCUUGUCUGUCUUGCAACUAUUUAAAACGUAAAGCACUCAGACUGGGAGACAUAUUGUUGUGUGAUCGGUGAGAGCUGGCCAAAACAACGUCACAACACAGCUAGUGUAAGUAAGUAAGCUCUGCCAUGUUGGUCAAAUCCCCAUGAGCGCUCGCCCAUCAUGAAAAGUCGUGUAGAGAAACUACCACUCAAGUGUUUCGAUUUCAUUAAAGCACGCAUACGGCGGAGGGAUGCCCAGAAAGAUAGCAUUUAUUGUACAUAGUUCUUCCAGUCAUGAGGACAACUUCAGUGCCCAGCACCUCAUUGUCCAUGCACCCACUGUCAGUGGUUGGAGAUCUAGCAGGUUGUGUAGCUACCCUCAGCACAUCACCCUGCAGCUGGUGGAAAGAUGUCGGGUGAGGAAGCUGCAGUUGCUGGCCCACCAUUACCUAAUCCCGGCUAAGGUGGAGUUCCACAUUGGAGACAGUCCUCCUGAUCCUUGUACAUCCAUGUUCAUCGGCCAACUUCACAAGUUAGGCUACGUGUCUCUGUCGGACAAUGAGAAGACUGGCUUCAGAGCUCGGGAGCUGAAGUCGGUCCAUGUAGAUGCUGUUGGAACGUACCUGAGGAUCACAUUCCACAGAAAUCACGCGAAUCGUCACAAUCGCUACAAUCAGGUUGCGCUGGUGGCCAUCAAUGUGCUGGGUGAUCCCCUGGAUGGGGGCGCUUCUUACACUAUUCCAAGAGGAGAGCAGCUGAUCGAACACUACCUCAACGGCACCCAGCUGGAAGCCGCCUUGGAUGCGACCCUUGCAGGAAAAUAUGACUCCACAUCUCCCUUGGAUGACCUGGCCUUUGAUAUGUACCAGGACCCUGAAGUUGCCUGCAUCAUCCGCCAGCUGGAUCAAAAAAAGCAGGAUAUGGUUCACCAGGAGAGAUUUGAGCAAGCCAAGUAUCUGAAGCAGGCUAUUGCUGAUCUUCAAAAGGCUGGAGAGCAUUUGGCAAGGUUCGAUGUGGAGAGGCAGUGUGCAAUUGAAAAGGAGGAAUAUGACCUCGCCAAGAAAAAGAAGGAUGAAAUGGAUGCAUACCGGCGGAGUGUCUACCAGCAGCUGGAAGUCCACAACCUGUUUGAUCAUAUGGCAAUUGUUAGUCACCAAACACAGGCAAUGAUCACAAGUGCAUCGGAAUCAUGUCCAGCCAAGGAGGUUCCAUCACCUCUUUGUUCUUCAGCCAUCCCUUCGCUCCCCACCAAGUCCAUUGACACAAAAAGGAAAGAGAAAGCCCUUUCAAAUACUCCACAGAGCCGUCUGUCAGACUCUGACACACUCUUACCAAAAUGGAGCAACUCACCUUGCGCCUCGUCUGAGAUUCAAAUAAUACAUUUCAUCGGUGUGCCUUUUGAUGAGAGGCAUCUGCCAGCCCCACAGAGAAAGGACCAGCCAGUGGAGGCUAUACAGAGCCCUGCAAUGGUUCACUCUGUUCCACUUGACACCCAACGUAGUCUGCUUAGCCCUGAGGUGGGCGGAGAACCGGAGCCCCUCUCGGAAAAGGCUCAGAGAGAGGCUGGCCAUGCAAUAGAGGUGUACGGUGAGAGUCUGGUUGCAAGGGCAUAUUCUAAAUCCUGGUCAAAUAGGGAAGAUGCACUCCUGGCAGUGCACAAGAAGCUCUUGGAAGUGCCCUCCACGACUCCCAAAGAGGAGCUGAGAAGCAUGAUAAGAGCCGCAGUCUUCUUGGUCAAGAGGGCCCUCUCGGAGAAAGUUUCAUCUGUUUUCCAAGCCUCCUUGAAGUUGCUGCUCUUCAUGUUGAGCCAGCUCAUCCCAGGUCUGGGCAGAGUUGAGGUGACCCACUGUUUGGAGAACACUUGGCCCACCCUACUGGCCAGGACUGGAGACUUGACUAACCACCUCCGCAACGCUGCCACAGCUACUAUCCAGGAAAUUGCUGCCCUGAAGGAUGUUCGGGUCUUGCACUUUGUACACGUUGAGCUGGUGAAGCCUUUCAAAUCCAACUUUCCCUCUCGUCUAGCCCAGAGUCGGGCCGAGCUGCUCGAAAAUCUCCUGGUGGAGCUGGGCACAGAGAAUUCUGGAUUCACCGUGGUGAAUGUAAUGAUGUUUUGUAUGGCAGCCUUGGAGCAUGGUGCGUCUGCUGUUCGAGAAGUGGCAGUGCGCAUCAUCUUGUCCAUGUACAAGCAGCACAGUUCGGCUGUUCUCAGCUACUUUCCAUCUCCUAAUGCUGCUCGGAAGAACUUCCUUUACAGAACCUUAUUUGAUGGCUUUGCCAAAAUCGACGGAAAGCUGGUGGAAACUCAGGAUGGGCUGAAGGAGAAAGAGGAGAUCCACUCUUUGCAAGAGCAGCUGGCUGCCUUGAAGGACAUGACAGAGGGAGACGGUAAAAGUACCAAAGGACAAAUGGCCAAGAAAGAAGUUCCUAAAGUUGAGAGGGUGUCUCAAAAGACUGGUAAACAAACAGUUCUAAAAUUGUCUCAGAACAAGACAACACCCUCCGAGGAGGUCCAGCAAUCUGUCAUAUACCUGGAUAACUUAUGUAUAUUCUGCGGCAAAACUGAUGAUUCUUUCACGGAAGAUGGUUUAGACCUUCACUACUGGAAACACUGUCCCAUGUUGCGGCGCUGCGAUGAAUGCAAACAGGUCGUGGAGAUCUCCAGCUUCACAGAGCACCUACUAAGCGAAUGUGAUAGUAGGUCCAAGUUCAGCCAGUGUCUGCGCUGCUCGGAGGCAGUGGCCACAGAAGAUCUGACUCGACACAUCCAGGGUACCACUUGCAAACCCCCCGUCUCAGGUAAACGCUCCAGCCACUGCCCUUUGUGUCACAGCAACUUUUCACCGGGAGAAGAGGCCUGGAAGGCUCACCUAACGGGCAGUGAGGGCUGCAAACAAAACUCACGCAGGGCCGCGGUGUCCCAGAGAACCCAACCAGCACAAGGUAAGGCUGUUGCUAGCACAAAGGUCCCAAACACCUGGUCGGUGGGAAGUCGAGGUGGAGCCAGGCCUUUGGGAAGAGGCAGUCGGAUCCCGUCUCUGGCACCCCUGGCUAGAGGACAUACAUCUGGGAAGCGGUGACUGUUGAAAAAGAAAACUCACCUUCUUGCUGUAGAGGAUCAACCGUCACCCAUUAUGUCAUGGUCCUAGUUUCUCAAUCUUGGGAAAGGUUUUAUGCCAUGUGAUUUGAUGACCUGCUUGCAAUCAGAAUGAAUUUCGGCUAUUUGUCAGGGUUCAUACAACGUUGCAAAAAUGUUCACAGACAGUUAUUGCUCAGUGAGAUACGGGCUGAAAUGAGAAGCUGACCUGCUGGUCGUAAAAAUGAAAACAUUGUCAUGCCAACUGAAUUCAAGUCAGAGAUCUUUAGUCCAAAUUUGAUCAAGGUCCAAAUUGGCUCCACUUGUUCACAUCACACAUAAAAUCUACAAAAAAAACAAAACUAAUUAUAGGUCCAGGGUAUGCUUCAUUGCAGCCAAUGAUGAGGCAUGCAGUAAGUCGUUUCACAGUAUUUGUAUAGCACACCCACAUCACAUAGAUAAACACAAGAAAAAAGACUGGUUAGAGUAAUAGCAAAGGUUACAAAGUUCAAAAAGGGGACAUUUUGACAAUUAUGUUGUCAUUAAAAAGGUUUCAGAAUAAAAGCAUGAGACUAUUUUAAUUACAAACUUGCUCUGGGAGCGAGUUGAACGAGUUAGACUGCUAAAGUGUGGCAGAUGGCGAAUAGAACCGAGAUAAUUUCCAAUGACGUCAUCAGGGGUUAUUUUGUCAGACCUGACAAUGCCCUCCUACAACUAGAGACCCCAGAUGCUACUAUACAGCUGUCGAUAUACUGUAUGCCCAGUGCCUGUGGAAUUCGACUGCGGCUACACAAACAGAAGUCGCUCAAGCUGUAUUUGUUGUCUUGCCAGAUGAGGUGUGCAUUUGAGCAACUUUACACUAGAAAUGUCCCGAUCCAUUAUUCUGCAUCGGUAUCUGCUCCUUGUCCGGCUCUUUAGUGAGUAUCGGACAGAAUCGGAUUCAGUCACAGGAGCGGGCCGAUCCUGUUUAAUGUGUUUUUGCGGCGUCGAGUCACAGACUCGCUUUUUGGCUGGCGUAAAUCAUUUCAAUGUACAGUUGAAGUUGAGUUUUGCUAAGGCUUAAGCAAAAGAUUGAACUAUAGUUCAAUGUGUUGUAAGUAUAGCAAAACAUGGAAAUAAUCAUUUUAAUGUGUACUGUAAUAUAUGAUUUCUUCCACACCUUAGGGUUGAAGUUAAAAAAA